AUGCUCAAAAACGAGCCUGAACGAUACUAUUUCGAGCAAAAUGAACUAGAAAGAAUUGAACUUGAAGAGAUGAAGGAGAAAAUGAAGGUGCUGACGGAGAGAUUUGAAAAUGAAAAUAGAAUGCAUCAGAAAUGUGCCAACGAUUUGGAAUCGAUGAGGAAGGUGGAGAGGAAGAUAAACAAUGAAAAUUCGAAGUUCAAGAAGCAAGUCGAUCAAAUGGAGCGAAUCAUCCUCCAGCUCAAGAAAAACCUCACGGAAGCGGAAGAAACCAACCUCGGCCUUCUCGCCGAGAAUAAAUCACUCAUCGAUCUCAUUGUCCUCGAACCAGACGAAGAUGUCUUCUCGCAAAAUGGAUCAUCGCGAAAAUCAACGUUUAGAGGAAGUUUUGGGGAUUCAACCUUCACUCCCCCGAAUACGCGAAAUUUGGCCGCAGAGCUUGCUUCUUUGGAGAGGAGAGGUUCCACGAGUUCAGAGAGCAUGAGAAAAACUCCAACGCCAAGUGGGCUUUCAGGGGCGACGAGAGAAAAGAGAGAAUCGAGUUCAAGUUCACUCAGGCGCGUGCUGAAUAGAGCAGCUGCUUUUUCAUCACUGACGAGGCAGAAUAACAAUGUUACAAGCACCAAUUCAAGCAGUGGAUCAAAUUUGCCAGGCUUCAUGAGCUUCAAUGAUUUACUACAGUAUAAUCACAGUGCUCUGAUAAAAGCACAACGAGAAAAUGAUGCGCAUCACAAUGUCCUCACAUCACGAAUCGCUGAGCUAGAAGAAACACUUCAGGAGCAAACUUCACAAAUUGCUUCGCUCGAGUCAGCAAUGAGACAGAAAGACAAGAUAAUGGAAGAAAAGGAAGCUCAAAUCCUGGCACUUGAAAAAAUCUGCACAGAAACUUCGACCAAAAUAAACCAGAUGAAAGUUGAGCUUCAAAGCGCCACCGACAAGCAUGAGAAAGUCAGGUCAUCAGUACGAGCUCUAGAAAGAAAUCUAAACGAGGAACGCCACUACAACGAUGUAGCUCGCCAGGAACUUGAGAAAACCUCGAAGGCGUUGUCAAAGGCCAAGGCCCAGUUGUUGCAGCAGAGUCAGAAGGCUGACGAUGGAGCUUCCCAGAAUAUUGCGAUAGAACGACAACUGAACGAAGUAAAAAAUGCUUAUCAACGCGAACUUGAGGCAAAAGCAGCGCAGAAUUCACUGACAAAUGAAGCAAAGGCCAAAUAUGAACAGUUAAUAUUGAAUGAGCGGACAAAGGCGAUUGUAUACAAGUGGCGUUAUUAUGCGAUGAAGCUGCAAAUGGAGCGAUUGAGACGAACAUCUUCGAGAAAAUCUAGCACAGUGACGACACCACGUGACUCGGAUAUGAGCUUCAGAUUCAACCAGAGCCUGCAUGUGUCGUUCAUCGAUGAUAAUUAUGCGGACCAAGAGGAUAUAGAAAAGUCGAUUUACGAAUACGAGUCAGGUGAUGAACUACCGGCGGUUCGGGAAGAAAUCGCAGAUAGAAUCGACGAAACCGAAAUCGAAGAAGUCAACAAAAACAUCGUCGAGCUCCGAGAGAUCCAAAAAGAAGCAAAACAAGAAUUCGAAAAGCUUGACGUUCAGGGAUCAAGUGGCUCGACUGAUGUUGUCUCGGUGGCGAAGAGCAUGCAGGACACGAUGUCCGGGAUGAUGUGGUACAUUCAAGGGAAGGGGCCAUGCCAAUCUGAUGAGGACUUCAUUAUCGCGGCUAAAAAGCUUUGUUUCUCGGCAGUGGAGCUGAGGGAUAAUGGAAUUCCGCUGCUGGAAGGCUGCCGGGACAUCCGACUGAAGAAACAGCUCAAGAUGGCGAGUGAAGAACUAGAACCGCUGAGACAUCAACUGCGACUCUUAUCAAAAGUCUACGCGAGACAAGGUCUCGAAGAAAUCGAAUCGACAUCAAUCAACUCGAUGCUGAUUAACGCCAAAAAUCUCCUCCAAGUCGUCGUUGAUUUCGUCCGAGCCGCUCAUUCCUGCUCGAUUCAUUCCGAGAAAGAUGAAGACAAGGAAGACAAUCUUGCUCGACGAAAGGAACUCUUGAGAAAGAGCUUCCAGACCGAUUUCAAGAUCGCCUAUUGA